AUGCCGCCGCCCCACAUCGCGAAGAUCCUGGGCGAGGAGGAGUGGGAGGUGCCGCCCGUGGAAGCGAUCCUGAACGUGCACGACCUCGUCGCCAUCGCCGAGCGCAAGCUCGUCAAGGAGGGCAAGAAGCAGGCCUGGGACUACUACAGCAGCGGCGCGUGCGACGAGCUCACGUACCAGGAGAACGAGCUGGCGUUCAAGCGCAUCUGGAUGCGGCCCCGCGUCCUCGUCGACGUCAAGACCGUCGAUCUCACGUCGAAGAUCCUCGGCGCGACCGUCGGCGCGCCGCUGUUCCUGAGCGCGUGCGCGAUGUGCGGCAUGGGCCACGAGGACGGCGAGCUCGCGUGGGCGGAGAGCGCGGCGGGCUUGGACAUCCCGUUCAUGUCGCCGAACCUGAGCAGCAAGAGCCGGAGCGCGAUCUUCGCCGCCCAGCAGGCGAGCCCGACGGGCCACCGCAUGUUCCAGAUCUACGUGAACCCGGACCGCGACGUCGUCCUCGAGCAGCUGCGCGCGUGCGAGGCCGCGGGCGUGACGGCCGUGUGCGUGACGGUCGACAGCGCCGUCGCGGGCCCGCGCGAGCGCGACCAGCGCAACAAGAUCGCCAUGCUGCUCAAGCAGCAGGCCCAGCAGGAGAGCGCGGCCAAGGGCGCCAAGGCGCGGAAGCCGGGCGUCUACGCGAACCGCGACCCGGCGCUCAACUGGAAGGACGUCGCGUGGUUCUGCUCGAACACGACCAUCCCCAUCGUGCUCAAGGGCGUCCAGUGCGGCGAGGACGCUGUGCUCGCGGCCAAGGCCGGCGUCGCGGCGAUCCUGGUGUCGAACCACGGGGGCCGCAACAUGGACACGGCGCGGUCGUCGAUCGAGGCGCUGCCGGAGAUCAUCUCCAUGCUCACGGAGGCGGGCCUGCGGUCGAAGCUCGAGGUCUGGCUGGACGGGGGCAUCCGCCGCGGGAGCGACGUCGUCAAGGCGCUCGCGCUCGGCGCGAACGCGUGCGGCAUCGGCAAGCCG